GCUGGCACACCAGUCACUUUCUAGUUGUUCCGCGAAGAAUUCAAGAAAAAUGAAGAGUAUCGUCGCAUUCGUCGCAGCCUUAGCGCUUGUGUGCGAGGCCAAAGUUGCACCAGCCACCAGCGCUAAUACUCCAGCAUCUCCAGAGCUUCAAUUAAGCGAUUUGAUCAGCCAAGCUCAAACGAGCAUCAACAAUCUGGGCAAACAAAUUCAGGAACAGUUGAACCUACCCGAUCAAGAGACCAUCGUUAAAACCGUGAAGGAGCAAAGCAGCCAAUUCGUAACCAAUAUCCAACAGUAUAUGACGAACGUCACUGCAGAGGUGAAAGAGAGGAGCCCCGAGUUGGAAAAUAUGUGGAACGACUUCAAGACCAAGCUGAGCAAGGCCGUGGAUGAUAUCAGCAGCGGAAUCCCGAACGCUCAGCAACAGGUUGCCGAUUUACAGGCCAAGUUUCAGCAAGGAGUUCAAGUGAUGCUCAAGGAAUCGGACAAGGCCGCGAAAUCUUUGAGCCAACACUCUGAAAAGAUGCAGGAGGACCUUGCCAAGUUCACCAAACAGGCGGUCGAUCUCGCAGUCCAGGCAACGCAGAACCUGAACAACAAUCUUCAGCAAGUCGCGGCUCAGCACAACUAAACGAAUUCGUCCGUGAAUUCCUCGUACUCGGAGGAUCACCGAUCGCGUUCUGAACAAGUAUUCUUUUCCGAAUUCUAUGAAGACGUUUCACGAUUUUGUUAUCGGAUUCUGUAUUAUAUUUAUCAGUUAAAUGAAUAUUAAACAUAAUUGAUCCGAA